AUGGAUGUUCUUUAUCCGCCAGCUCUCAACAUCUACCUCAACCUGCUCACAUUACUUCAGGCUCUGUUUCCUGACUUCGGCCGGCAUAUUUACGUCAUCAACAGCCCUUUGAUGAUCAAAACCGUUUACGCAAUGAUACAGCCGGUGUUGUCAAAGCAAACGAAAGAGAAGGUAAGGAUAAAUGGUGAAAAAGGCAAAACAUUCCGAUGGUUUUGGCGAGUCAGUGGAGGAGACGUUGACUUUGGAAUCACUAGGAACGGCGAAAUGGUCUAUCCCACGUUUCGUAUCACCACCGAAUUCCAUCCUGAAUUCGGUACAGUUGAAUGUAGAGAAGAUGGCGAGUACACAUUCACAUUCGACAAUUCUCAUGGCAAAAUCUGGAGUAAGGAGGUCUCCUACAAAAUUACGUUGAACUAA